AUGGUUCCAAAAGCUCACAAGCUUUCUCCAAUCGCAAGCUAUAUAACGCCUCCUACACCUGCUACAGACUCAAUUCGCUCUCAAGCAGUUAGGUCACAUUUCUCUCUUCCUCAGCAUCCAGGCUUCAAGGAUUGCAAACCAGCUCCAACGCCGGUCACGCCCAACUCCAAGCCAUUGCCAGCCAAUAGUCCUCCAUUUUCGAAUCCUUCCCUGCCGGACAUCUCCUAUGCAACUAACCGAGUCUGCCAACACAUGCAACAUCCGACCGAGCAAGAUUUCAAAGCACUCAAACGCCUACUCCGGUACAUCAACAGCACCCUCUCUUUCGGCUUGCCCAUCACUAUCGGCAACCUGGACUUACAUUCUUACUUGGACGCGGACUGGGCGUCCGACACAACCGACCGAAAAUCCAUCUCAGGAUUUUGCACCUUUCUUGGGCCAAAUCUCAUCGCUUGGACCGUGAAAAAGCAAGCCACGGUGGCCAAAUCCUCCACCAAAGCUGAGUACCGAUCACUCUCCGCCGCCGCCUCGGAUGUCAUCUAG